CAAACAACCUAAAAAAAAUCAAAUCCCUCUCCCCCCUUCCCUCCCUCUUUCCCUCUCUCUCUCUCUCUUCCUCGUUUCCAUCACUCUCUCUCUCUCUCUCUUUCUCUCUCUAAUAUAAAUAUAAUUUAUGUAGGUUUUCUUUACAUAUUGUUUCAUCAGUCUUUCCGUUCCUCAUUCUGCGAUACAUUUCACCCACGGAUAUACCUUGUAUUGUGGUAUAUGUAUUAGGAUUUGUUCAUUUCUGGGAAAUCUAUGUUAGGGGUUUUGGUGUUUGGAUGAUGCUUCGGAUGCGGACCAAUUGAGAUUCAAAUGCUAUUGUAUGCUAAACUGGAUUGGAUUUCUAAUGCCUGGAUCUGCUGGCGGUCUUAUGGCCUCCAGCUUGAAGAAGUCAGUAGAAUUAAAGCUGUCAUGCCUUGUUGUGUCGCUUAAGAUUUAAUCAUCGCCUGAGAAAUCUUUUAUGGGGUGAGAAGUGGGGGCGAAAUGGUUUUGCAUUCCAAAUAUUUAAAGACAUGGAGGAGACAAGAGAUGACGCAGGGCCAGUUGAGCAGAGGCCUACGAAUUCUUCAUGUUGGCCGUCAGAUUUCAUCGAUAAAUUUGGAUCUGCUACUUUGGGAUCUCAGGAAGAGACCUUGAGCAAUACCGAAUCACCUAGACAUUUUGAUCAAGAUGUAUUAUCAUCUCAGAAAGCAUCUCAAAUUCUAUGGCACAGUGGAAUGCUUUCUGAACCAAUUCCAAACGGUUUCUAUUCUGUCAUUCCGGAGAAAAGGCUUAAGGAGACUUUUGAUGAUAUUCCUACUCUUGAUGAGCUUCAUGCCUUGAGAGGAGAAGGUUUUAAAGCUGAUAUCAUUCUUGUAGAUGCUUCUAAAGAUAAGAAACUUUCUAUGCUGAAGCAACUAAUCAUGGCCCUAGUGAAGGGAUUAAACUCAAAUCCAGCUGCUGUGAUAAAAAAGAUAGCAGGCUUGGUUUCUGAUUUCUAUAAACGGCCAAAUUUAGAAAGUCCAGCAAAAGCUGCACUAGAAGAAACCUCCCACAUGUUUGAGAAUCGUGGUCUGCAGCUGUUGGGGCAAAUAAAGCAUGGUUCAUGCCGUCCUCGGGCAAUCUUAUUUAAGGUCUUAGCGGAUACUGUAGAACUUGAAAGUAGGCUCAUUGUGGGUUUGCCUAGUGAUGGGGUUGUUGAGUAUUCAGACUCAUAUAAGCAUAUGUCUGUCAUAGUUGAAUUGAAUUCUGUUGAAUACUUGGUUGAUCUCAUGCGGUUUCCGGGCCAGCUUCUGCGCCGCUCAACGAAGGCAAUUUUCAUGAGCCAUAUUUCUGCAGCAGGGGAAAGUGAUUCUGCCGAAAAUGACUCAUGUGAUUCACCAAUGGAACCAAAUAGUCCUCUAUAUGGGUUCUCAGAGAGGGUUGAUCCUGAUAGUGCUGAAAAAGAUGAAAAUCUUCAAUUGCAAAGAAGGCUUGAUUCAAAUGUACCAGGUCUGUCAUUGCGAAAUAUGAUGUUGCGAUCUGCUACCUCUAUAGACAGGAAAUUAAGUUUAUCUCAUAGCGAACCAAACAUUGCAACUACAUUUUGGCGACGUAGUCGGAGGAAGGUCAUUGCAGAACAGCGGACUGCUAGUUCAAGUCCAGAACAUCCGUCUGUUCGAGCCCGUGGGAGGUCCAUGCUUAGUGGUGAUAGAAAAUCAUUUAGAGAUUAUGCUGAUGACAUGUCUGCAUCGAGGUCGGAUGGUGCAUCAACAUCAGAGGCUCGUAGGAUUAGAAGGAGAAGCAUUAGUAUCACACCAGAAAUUGGUGAUGAUAUAGUGAGGGCUGUGCGGGCUAUGAAUGACACAUUGAAGCAAAAUCGUAUUUUGAGAGAGCGUGGUGAGGAUGGAUCGUUUUCACAUCCUUCAGAUGACAGAAAUAGUUCUAAUCUACAGAACGACAAUAUAGGUUCUCAGAAGGCAAUGUCGUUGCCCUCAUCUCCCCAUGAUUAUAGGAGUCAAAAUUCCAACAGAAGUGGGCACUCUGGUUAUGUAGUAAAUGAUGAAUUGGUCUCAACAUGGAAUAGAGUCCUACAGUCUUCGUUGUUUAAUAACCAACCUCUAUUACCUUACCAUGAAUGGAAUAUUGAUUUCUCAGAGUUGACUGUUGGAACUCGUGUUGGUAUUGGUUUCUUUGGAGAAGUCUUCCGCGGCAUUUGGAAUGGAACUGAUGUAGCAAUUAAGGUUUUCCUAGAGCAAGAUUUAACUGCUGAAAACAUGGAAGAUUUCUGCAAUGAGAUUUCCAUUCUUAGCCGACUUCGACAUCCAAAUGUUAUUUUAUUUCUGGGUGCGUGUACAAAGCCUCCACGUCUGUCGAUGGUUACUGAGUACAUGGAGACAGGAUCCUUGUAUUAUCUGAUUCACUCUAGUGGUCAAAAGAAGAAGCUUAGUUGGCGUAGAAGGUUAAAAAUGUUACGAGACAUUUGCAGGGGGUUGAUGUGCAUACACCGAAUGAAGAUUGUUCAUCGGGACCUAAAAAGUGCAAAUUGUCUUGUGAAUAAGCAUUGGACAGUCAAGAUCUGUGAUUUUGGGCUAUCAAGAAUAAUGACUGAGAGUCCCAUUAAGGACUCCUCGUCCGCAGGAACUCCAGAAUGGAUGGCACCUGAACUAAUUCGAAACGAACCCUUCAGUGAAAAAUGUGAUAUAUUUAGCCUUGGGGUCAUAAUGUGGGAACUCUGCACUCUGAGCAGACCAUGGGAAGGUGUACCACCAGAAAGGGUAGUUUAUGCUGUUGCUAAUGAGGGGUCCAGACUGGAGAUUCCUGAAGGUCCUCUAGGCAGGUUAAUCUCAGAUUGUUGGGUAGAACCGGAUCAAAGGCCAAACUGUGAGGAGAUACUCACCCGAUUACUGGACUGCGAGUAUUCUCUUUGCUGAGACUGUCUGUCGUUUGUAUAGAAAACCUUGGGUAGAGAGGUGUUGUCUUGUAUUCUCGGCUUCAGUUGUAUACUGUCAUGAGUUUUCUCACCAUUGUACAAUCACAAACUGUUGUCUUUUUUUGUUCUUUUUGUUUCAUUUCCCCUUUCCAAUGGUGCAAACCCAUCCUUUUUUGUGCAAUCAAAUCAGAGUUUGUUGAAUGAGCAAGAAGAGUUGAAUUCAA